GACGAACGAAUGUGAGCCGCCAUAGAUGACAGCUGACGGGGUUGGUGAAAUAGGAAUCCCACCCAUGCCUUCGUUUGCAUCGCAGCUGACGGGGUUGGUGAAAUAGGAAUCCCACCCAUAUAUCUCUCCUCUUUCUUAGAGUCUUAGAUCUCUCAUUCAGAUCAAAACCUUACACCAACUUUCAUCCAUGGCUUCCAUCUCCAACCUCUCUACUCCGGCAACCCCUCUAAAGUCUUCCCCGUUGCUUACAAAACCACCCACCGUCUCCGUCUCUAUUGGGUUUCCUUCAAAGCUUGCACUUUCAUCAUCCAGGUUGUCUCUUCGCUCCAACGCCCCUCUAGCCGCCUCCUUGCUUGUGAAAUGUAGCCAAGUUGGUGGAAAUGGAACCCCUGUGAAGCAAACAACUCUUCACGAUCUCUAUCAAAAGCAAGGCCAGAGUCCAUGGUACGACAACCUAUGCCGCCCUGUUACUGAUCUUCUCCCCCUGAUCGAAAGUGGUGUUAGAGGUGUUACAAGCAACCCAGCGAUAUUCCAAAAAGCGAUAUCAACCUCAAAUGCUUACAAUGAUCAGUUCAAGGAACUAGUACAGGGAGGGAAAGACAUUGAAAGUGCAUAUUGGGAACUUGUUGUGAAAGACAUCCAAGAUGCUUGCAGACUAUUUGAGUCAAUCUAUGAUGAAACAGAUGGAGGUGAUGGUUAUGUAUCAGUUGAGGUUUCACCACAACUAGCUGAUGACACCAAAGGGACAGUAGAUGCUGCAAAAUGGUUGCACAAAGUGGUUGAUCGCCCAAAUGUAUACAUCAAAAUCCCCGCAACAGCUGCAUGUGUUCCUUCGAUAAAAGACGUUAUUGCCCUUGGAAUUAGUGUCAACGUAACUCUUAUUUUCUCACUAUCUAGAUAUGAGGCAGUGAUUGAUGCUUAUUUGGAUGGGUUAGAGGCUUCUGGCUUAGAUGACUUAUCUAGGGUUACAAGUGUUGCAUCUUUCUUUGUUAGUCGAGUGGAUACACUUGUUGACAAGAUGCUUGAGAAAAUUGGGACACCAGAGGCACUUGACCUUCGAGGAAAGGCUGCAAAUGCUCAAGCAGCUUUAGCUUUCCAGCUUUACCAGAAGAAAUUCUCUGGUCCAAGAUGGGAGGCACUUGUGAAGAAAGGUGCUAAGAAGCAAAGAUUGCUAUGGGCUUCAACCAGUGUCAAGAAUCCAGCAUACCCUGACACCCUUUAUGUAGCACCUCUUGUGGGACCCGACACUGUGUCAACUAUGCCUGAUCAAGCUUUGCAAGCAUUCAUUGACCAUGGUGUUGUUGGAAGGACAAUUGAUGCGAAUGUAUCAGAGGCUGAAGGGAUUUACAGUGCACUUGAGAAGUUGGGAAUAGACUGGAGCUUUGUUGGGAAUCAAUUGGAACUUGAAGGAGUGGAUUCGUUCAAGAAAGCCUUUGUGAGUUUGCUUGAUAGUCUUCAAGAAAAGGCCAACUCUCUGAAACUAGUCAGCCUGUAGACACUUACUUCUAUAUGUGUUUUCCAGUAUUUGAUUUGUGUCAACAGACCUCAAAAAUAAUAAAGAGAGUGGCCGUUUUGGUGCUCUGUAAAAUACCAUGUUUGUGGGGUGGUUGGUUGUGUAAUGGGAGUUUUGAGUGUAGUAGUGAAAUGAAAAUGAUGAAUGGUUUUGGGUUUUAUAUUGCUUUACCUUAUCUUUAACUUCACUGGUUGUGUG